AGCCACUAUUGCUAGUCCUCCGUGGCAUCCGACCGGAAGCCUUGGCCCGUCGAUUCCAGACGUUCUCUUCCCCAAUGAGUGGAGUAUUGCGCAUCAUAUUGGUCAGUUCUUGUGCCAGCUUUGCGGUUCGUCCCACGAUAGAACAAUGAAGUUAUCUGCGAUUGCUCGGAGGAAAGGGAUCCAUUGGUUCCACCGGUAGCGAUCUUGUCUUUCGGUUUUGGGACGUGUCUCUCUUUCGCCGAAAUUAUUACGUCCCCGUCCUUUAAAGCAGUGCUUCCGCCUGUUUUUCUCGGUUUCGUUUUCGUAGUCUCCUUAUUUUUUGAGUUACCUCUCCUCUCUUCUUUGAAUAUUUCUCAUAUUUUACGGCCAGUCUUUCGUGCCAAGUGUCAACAUGCCAUCAGCCACAAGCGUCUCUACCAUCUCGCGACAGUUUCGCGUCUUGGUGGUCGGUGGCUCUUAUGGUGGUUUAAGCGCAGCUCUGACGCUGCUGGACCUGUCUCACGGCCGAGUGGCCCGGUUCAAUCACACGCCCGAUCCUCAAGCCCCUCAAAAACAAAUUCCCGUCCAGAUAACCGUGGUGGACGAGCGAGAUGGAUUCUAUCAUCUGAUCGGCUCACCCCGGGCAUUGGCGUGUGAGAAGUAUGCGUCCAAGACCUGGACAAGGUUCGAAGACAUUCAAGCUUUGAAGUCUCCGAAUAUCCGCUUUCUCCGGGGUAGCGUGAACUCUGUGGACUGUCAAAGCAAAGUAGCCCGUAUCCUCGACGCCCACACCAAGGAAACGAGAAAGGAGAAGUAUGAUUUCCUAAUCGCUAGUUCGGGAUUGCGACGUGUUUUCCCGACGGUUCCGCAGUCUUUAGACAGAGAUGAGUUUAUGGAUGAGGCCAAGAAGCACACGGAUGAGAUCCGCAAUGCUCAUGAUGGCAUUGUGGUUAUCGGAGGAGGCGCCGUUGGCGUGGAAAUGGCAACUGAAUUGAGGAUGCUUCAUCCCGAUAAAAAAAUCACCCUGAUUCACUCGCGCGAGCGUGUACUUUCAGCUGAACCUCUCCCGGUUGAUUUCCAAGACCGCGUUGGAUCUCUUCUCGGGGAGGCGGGUGUGAAGGGGAUCUUUGGACAACGGGUGAUCGACAUCACAGCCAUCGAGACGGAGGGAGGACGACGGAUCUGGAAGCUUGAGUUGGCCGAUCGCAGAAAUAUCUAUGCGGGCCACGUCAUGAACGCCGUUUCUAAAUGCGUUCCCACGUCGUCGUACCUUCCGAAAGAGGCUUUGACUGAAGAAGGUUAUGUCAAGAUCCAGGCAUCCACGCAAUUCCCUAAGAACGUCCCCAACGCAGACCAUCACUUUGCCGUCGGUGAUAUGGUAUCCUGGUCGGGAAUCAAACGCUGCGGCGCUGCGAUGCAUAUGGGCUACCAUGCAGGCAACAAUGUUCAUCAGCUUAUGCUAUCGGAGGUCUCAAGCAGCAAGCCUGAGUUUGUGACUCUUCAGGAGGUGCCUCCAAUGAUGGCGCUCGCUAUGGGCAAGACGGCAGUCACGUACACCCCGGAUCAAGGGACGAAGGAUGGCGAAGAUGUCCACGACGUUAUGUUUGGUGAUGAUAUGGGCUAUAGCAUUUGCUGGAAUUAUAUGCGCAUGUCUGAGCCUUUCAAGGCAUGAUUCAGCAACAUAUACGACCUUUCAGUUCGACUUGACAGAUCAGGUAUUUGUCGUCAAUUUGACAUUUAGGGAGAUCAUUUGGUCUUCCUUUUCUUAGCCAUUCACUCGGGGACUCGAGUCUGCAGCUUUUGUUGGGUUUAGUACCGCGCCCCUGUAGUGAAUGGGCACUAAUCAGUUGGUUAUGGUCUGACCACGGGUUCACUGGCGUUUUGGUCUUCUGAUAGUUGCCUUUGUCUAGACAUAUUUG